GGUUUUUUGACAACCUGGCUGAUGCAAUAGAUUUGGUUCUAUAUAAAGGGGUUUUCUAUAAAUUUACAAUAUAUAAAUAGACUAAACUCAUCUAUACAAAAAGUUAAAGCAUAUCGGUUACUUCUACAAUGGCCGAAGACGAUGCAAUCUUUGAUCCAACCCUCAAAAAGAAGAAAAAGAAGAAGAAGACCACUUUCGACAUUGAUGCUGCUCUAGCUGAAGGCAACAUUGAAAAUGAUUCAGGGAAUGCUCCAGCUGCAGACGCUGAUAAUCUUGAAUCAAAACCUGAUGACGAUCAGGAUGAUGGAAACGUGGAUAUUGAUUUAGAUUUUACUAAAAAGAAGAAGAAAAAGAAAAAGCCUUUCUCAGCUGAUGAUUUAGAUUCUUCCCCAGCUGAUAAUAAAGCUGAAGCUACUCAAGAUGGAGCUGGGGACAAUGAUGGGGGUAUGGAUGAUAACUUUGAUUUAGAUAUGGACUUUAGUAAAAAGAAAAAGAAAAAAACCAAGAAACCCAAGAAUUUAGAUGAACUUAUUGCAGAAACUGAGGAGAAGGAUGAUGAUCAGGAGAAUGUAGAUGAAAAUUCAACACAAUGGGUCAAUUCGGAUCGGGACUACACAUAUGACGAAUUACUAAACCGUGCCUUUGAAAUAAUGAGAGAUAAAAAUCCAGAUAUGGCUGCCGGUAAGAAACAGAAGUUCGUCAUGAGACCUCCUCAAGUAGUCAAAAUCGGCGCCAAAAAGACGUCAUUUGCGAAUUUCACAGAGAUCUGCAAAAUGCUUCAUCGUCAACCCAAACAUCUUUUAGACUUUUUACUAGCUGAAUUGGGUACCAGCGGGUCUGUGGACGGUAAUAAUCAGCUCAUCAUUAAAGGAAGGUUCCAACAGAAACAAAUUGAAAAUGUACUCAGGAGAUACAUUAAGGAAUAUGUUACUUGUCAUACAUGUAGAUCCCCAGACACAAUUCUUCAAAAAGACACUAGAUUGUUCUUCUUACAAUGUGAAACGUGUGGUUCUAGGUGUUCUGUUGCUAGUAUUAAAUCAGGUUUCCAGGCUGUCACUUCCAAACGUGCUGCAAUUCGAGCCAAAACAGCAUAGGGACCUUAGAUAUUGCAAUACAAUAAUAACCAAUUUAAGAAAUAUGCACUGUUACAGAAGACAUUACAAAGUGCUACAGAAUAGGUGUUGUAUGUGUUAUAUAAUUUGUACUAUAAAUCUAGCUGAAUUGUUAAAUGGAAUUAACAAUCAUAUUAAUAUCAACAAUUUUAAUUAUAUAACUUUUUUAUUGAUUAUUAAAUUUUAAUAAACAGUAAAUAAUUAUUUAUAUUUUUCGUCCAUA